CCGAUGCUUAUUGCCAUCAGGUAUUUCUAAUAUUUGAAAACAACAAACUGUACGUUCAGUUUAUUGCAUUGAUAUGUUCUUUGUACACAGCGGUACAAUUUAGCAUUUUGAAAAGGAAAAAGCAUAAUCUUCACUAUUUAAUGAGAGAUUUCAAGAAAGAAGAAGAAUUCAUCGAAAAACGUGAACAUUAUUUUCAUUAUUAUUUCAUUUUUUAUGUUUUCACUCUUCUUUGUUGGUUCACAAUGGUAGUCUUUGCCGGUUAUUUUGGUUUCAGAUCGGGCCAUUACCAUUCUACGAAAUCUUAUUUCUGCCUUUGCGUAUUCGGUUUUUGGUUAUUUCAUGUUGCGUCUCACGCAUGUUGUGUACUUUUGUUUUUCGUAGUUUUUAUCUCGCUACUAGAGAAAAGGUUAAUAAACAUUUCUAAUGAAUUGCAACUUACAAUACACGCAAGAAAAUCUUUCAUUGAUGAACUAACGGAGAAAAUUUGGAGAAUUUGGCAAAUUUUGGAAGAGAUGAACGAAAAAUGGAAAGCUUUGUUUCCUCUUAAUUACAUUUUUUUCGUCUACGAAAUUUGUUUUUGUGUGUAUGUUUUUUUCUUCCUAGAGAUAGGUACAAUUUUUCGUAUAGGUAUUGGAGUGAUUUCAAUGAUUUUACUGGCUGCAACAUUAUUCAUUGCAUGGUCAUUAUCAAUUUUCACAUCUAUCGUGAGUAUUGUUUCAUUCGUAUGACAUCUACGAAAUUAAUAUAAUUUAAUUAAUGAAACGGCUGUCGAGGUUUAAUGAAUAUAUCGAUAUAUUUCAGAUCUAUGACAAUUAUAUCAGCAUCGGGAAAUAUUCAUCAUUAUUUGCGCCCGAAUUUAGAUUUAAAAUGAUUUGUUUCAUGAAGAGAUUUGGAGGAAGACCUUUUGGAAUAUCAAUGUGGGGAUUUUUCUACGUUAAAAGAACUUUCUUAAUAAGGUUCGUCAGUGGAUUGUAUUCUGUUUUCUCUUCUCUCAUUCAAUUAACCGGCGUUCUGGAUAAGAAGAGAUGUUCUACAAAACGUGUUGAACAUUUUACAUUGAAGAAUGAAACAGCUUUUUGAAUAUUGAUUUAGGAAUAUUUAUUAAUAAUCUUUUAAUGCACAUUCGUUAUUAUUCGCAAAACGCUAAAACACUGCAUUUAUACUGUUACUACUAUGCAAAAUACUAUUAUAUGCUAUUUUAAAAAAUAGCAUAUAAUAGUUAUUAUUUUUGAUGGUUUGCUUGUUUGCUUGUAAAUGCAUUGUUUUUUCUUGGUUGUAAUGUAUACACGAUAAGUGGAAAUAUAAGAAUUAUAUCAAAUUUGACCAUUUGAAAUUUUCGCAACUCUCCACGUUUUGAGAACUCCUGAAUCCAAAAGGUAGAAAAAAACAGCAAACAAUUUUCUGAAUAUGCGUGCAUGUGUGUGUGGGAGUGGGUGUGUUGGCGUAUAUUUUGCUAAAUAUCCUAGGACAGGUUAAAGAUUAAUAAACGAAAUUCGUCAAGGUAGCUUGUAUAUGAGGUGCAUUGAUGCUGUUAAAUUUUUGUUUUCACUCUUCUUUGUUGGUUCACAAUGGUAGUCUUUGCCGGUUAUUUUGGUUUCAGAUCGGGCCAUUACCAUUCUACGACAUCUUAUUUCUGCCUUUGCAA